UGGGCUCGACCACCGCUGGACGCAGGGUGGUGUGUAGGGGGGUGCUGAUUUGCCUAAGUGAAAGGGAAGAUUACUCCGAGGCCCCGGCAACAGCUCUACGCAUGCGUGUAGCGGACCGGCAGGGAGCCUGCGGCCGGGUCGGGGCACGGGACAGUCACUUCCCGGAAGAGGCGGGACCGUGUCUGAGAAGGCGCGGAAUUUGAAGUGCUUCCAGGAGCUUUCCGGGUCACGGUACCGAGCUCCAGACGUCUCAGCUUGGGAAAGGAAAGAAGUUUUCCUUUACGUAUUUUCUUCUUAGGAGAAUACUAAACUCAGAAACCUGGAAGCAGCUGUAUUAAAGAUUCAAGCCAAACUGGUACGCGACGGAGGGACGUCUCCCAAAACCAAGGAAAAAGGGUGUUCUGGGUAACCAUGUGAAAAAAUGUAUUCUCAGUCACUGCUAAAGAGGAUGUAGAAAACAAGAGGAAAGAGCCUACAACCAUACCACCCUGAAUGCUUCUGAUCUUGUCUGAAAAGAGGAAAGAACGAAGAAGAACAAGAGACCAUUGACAUUUGAGUUACAUUAAAUUUAAAGAUAACUAUUUUUCAGUACUGUAGAGAAAUGCUUAUUUGAUGACACACAAAUUGCUUUUCAUUUGUUAGUUGCAUCCACGUUUUGUAGCCAGUAUGUCAUUUACCACCAUUUUUAAUGUUUUAGCCAUUCUCGGUUCAUUCCAAAAAGCUGACUAAUGAAAGAAUAAGGAGAAUCCUCUUUAUGAAUUAUUCUUGACCAGCUUGUAAUAUAUGUUUUAAUUCCUGUUCUGAGCUUCUGUGCCCUUUGCAAAUUUUUGAAAAGUGUGUCAAGUAACUGCACAUAACGAGAAUGGGAGUGAAUGACUUGUGGCAAAUUUUGGAGCCUGUUAAGCAACAUAUUCACUUGAAUAGUCUUAGUGGGAAAAGCAUUGCAGUUGAUCUGAGCCUCUGGGUAUGUGAAGCACAGACAGUCAAAAAAAUGAUUGGAGCCGUCUCGAAGCCCCACCUCAGGAACUUAUUUUUUCGUAUCUCACAUUUAACACUAAUGGAUGUAAAGUUGGUAUUUGUUAUGGAAGGGGAGCCCCCAAAACUGAAAACUGAUGUCAUGAACAAGAGGAAUCAGAUUCGAUAUGGGCAUUCUGGAAAAACAUGGUCUCAGAAAACAGGGAGAUCGCAUUUUAAAUCAGUGUUAAGAGAGUGUCUGGAACUGCUGGAAUGCUUAGGCAUCCCCUGGGUCCAGGCUGCGGGGGAGGCUGAAGCCAUGUGCGCCUACCUCAAUGCCCACGGUCACGUGGACGGCUGCCUCACCAAUGACGGGGAUGCUUUCCUUUACGGGGCUCAGACUGUUUACAAGAAUUUCACCAUGAACACUAAGGACCCUCAUGUUGACUGUUACACAAUGUCAUCCAUCAAGAGUCAGAUAGGUUUGGAUAGAGAUGCUCUGGUUGGACUAGCGAUAUUACUUGGCUGUGAUUAUCUUCCAAAGGGGAUCCCUGGCAUUGGAAAAGAGCAAGCAUUAAAACUUAUACAGAUUUUGAAAGGGCAGAGUUUACUUCAGAGGUUUACUCAGUGGAGUGAAAAAUCUUGUUACUCUGAUCAACAACCGGUAGCUACUAAAAAACCGGCUCAUUGCUCUGUGUGCUCCCAUCCAGGUUCACCUAAGGAUCAUAAAUGUAAUGGGUGCAAAUUUUGUCCAGCUGGCCAAUGCUGUGAACCACAUGGUUAUGAACACUGUUGUCCUUGUGAGUGGCACCAAGCAGAGCACGAUAGGCAGCUGGUUGUACUGGAGAACAAUAUUAAGAAAAAAGCUUGCAGUUGUGAGGGAUUCCCAUUCCAUGAGGUUAUUGAAGAAUUUCUUUUGAACAAGGAUAAAGUGGUGAAAGUAAUCAAGUACCAAAGACCUGAUUUAUUAUUGUUUCAGAGAUUUACUCUUGAAAAAAUGGAAUGGCCCAAUCACUAUGCAUGUGAAAAAUUGUUGGUACUUUUGACCCACUAUGACAUGAUAGAAAGGAAGCUUGGCAGAAGGAACUCUAGUCAACUACAGCCAGUUAGAAUUGUUAAAAACCGGAUCAGAAAUGGAGUUCAUUGCUUUGAAAUAGAAUGGGAAAAGCCUGAACAUUAUACUAUAGAAGAUAAAAAUGGAGAAUUAACUCUACAAACAAUAGAAGAAGAGUCAUUAUUUGAAGCAGCUUUUCCAGAGAUUGUUGCUAUUUACCAAAAGCAAAAGUUAGAAAUUACAAGGAAGAAAAAGGAAAGCAUAAAAACUAAGCCUAAAGAAAACAAUUUGCCAGAAGCAGAUGAUAAGAGUUUUCAGUCACUUACAAAUUUAAAACCCACCUAUGAAAUCUCUUCUGAACAAAAUUCCCAGUUAAAUUUGGAAAUUUUCCCUCAUUCUACAUUACCCCAGGAAUCAGUUUCUGCAUCAUUAGACAGCUUGCCUUUAUCGGCAGAUGGUCUCUGUUUGAAUACACAAGAGCAUUUCAUAUCCGCUUCAAGACCUUUGGCUACUCAGCAAAUUAAAGCUGUCAGUAAGUCUCUGAUUUCAGAAUCUAGUCAACCCAAUAGCUCAUCCCACAAUGAGUUGGCAGUAGCUGAUCUGCACUUGAGCACCAUUGAUUGGGAAGGAACUUCUUUUAGUAAUUCUCCAGUUAUUCCAAGGAACUCUUGCUCUCAUGGUUUAAAAUCAGAGCUUCAAACAGCCAUCCCUGAUAGCUUUAAAACUAUCCCAGGACAGUUGUCAUGUGAUAACGUGUUGGAUCGGGAUCUUCGAAAGACUAAACCUGAGGAGCAUCUACUUUCUGGCAUUACUGACUUAUGUCUUCAGGAUUUGCCUUUAAAAGAACGAAUACUUGCAAAAUCAUCACAUCCUCAGGAUAAUGUACAACCAGAUACGGACCUGAAAACUUUAUCUCUACUCACAGUAAAAGAAUCUUGUAUUGCUAACAGUAGUUCUGUUUAUCCAUCACAUCUUUCAAAGGAUCUUCUGGGAAUUUACUUGCCAAAUGAAUCUAGAAACUCUGAAGUUCUGAAAGGAAACCAGCUGUUCCAAGAAAACUAUAAAGUGAAUACUUCUGUACCUCAUUCUAUCAAAAACAUGGUAGUAAAGACCUCUGAUGUUAAGGCUGAACCAUCAAAUACGUCUUUUGAUCACAGUAGAACAGUUGAUUUGAAAACCACUCAGAAUAUUGUAAUGAGGAAAAGUGUUUGCCUUGAAAGAUAUUCCUCUGAUGAAGAAAGUAUCCCCGGGUUUGGGAAAGCUAAGUACGCAACUGAAAAAAUGAAGCAGGGCUCUCGGAAGCAUAAACCAGCCCAGCUCAAGAAGAAUGAUGCUGACAAAUUGAUACAGGUUGAAGAAACUGAACAGUACGUCCAGGCUUAUAAAACAGCCGGAACUGAAGAAAAGUCUUUCCCAGAGGCCGCAAAAGGUUCUCUGAGUUUUCUGCAAUGUUGUAAGGAAAAAGACGACUCUGAUACUUGUCUGGAUAGCCCUCUUCCUCUAUGUCAGAGAUUAAAACUGAGGUUCCAAAACACUUGAAAUGAAGUUUAAAAUGUUUAACUUAGUAUUCUGGGACCAUCAGCAUUAGCAGAGGCAGAGGGAAUGUGUCUAUUUACUGUUUGGCAGAUGAAUUUAAUGUGGUUCUAUAUGUCAGGAGAUACUUUUGCCAUUUUAAUGAAAAUUAUAAUUUUAAAAAGCCUCAAAUUUCCAUUUUAAAAGAUGAUCCUUGUGAAAACUGUAGAUAAUGUAUAUUUUUUAAUAUACUUUUGCCAUUUUGUAUAUCAAUAUUGACUGUUCUUUCGUUAUAGCUUUAAAGUGUUAAUAUAGUACUAGACAGUAAAUGCUUUAUCUGUUUGCUCAUUUUCACUCAUAUCGUGCACACUCCUCUGAAGUAUUUAUUUAUAUUUCAGCUUGCUCUCAAAAGGAUAAUUUUUUAUAAUUGCCUAUAAUCUUGCAGUGUCUUCUAUUGUGACUUUUACGAGUUAUAUUUUCUCUCCACAUGAAGAUACUUUUAGUAUGCCCCUUCAGUUUGGUAACUUGAUUCUGUUUUGUAAGGAGAAAAUGGAAAAGAAGGAGUAUGAUCAAUACAUGUAGUAAAAUCAUGGUUGUAAUGCUGAAUAAACUAAGGAAAGCUACUCUUUACAUGUCUCCAGAAGUUAACAGGUAUGCCAAAUGGAAAAAGAUUGGGAAAAUAGAAUAUAUAAUCUGAACAGAAUUAGAGGUUUGCUUAGGAUCACACAGCUAGUUAAUAAUGAAGUGGAAUCAGAUUUCUUGCCUCCUGAUUUGUUGGGACUUUUUUCUGUUUUAGCUUCUAUAGCACUUUUUUCUUUUCCCCUUUGUUUUGAAAAUGAAUCUAUAUAAUACUGAGUUCAACAUCUCCAAGUAUUAAGUUGUGCAUUCAUUUAUCACUCAAAAAAUCUGAGGCAGUCAGAUUGGAAAGGAAAAGUAAAACUGUCACUAUUUGCAGAUGAUAAGAUUUUGCAUAUAAAAGAAUUCUAAGGAAUCCACCACUAGGUCUGAUAAACGAGUUCACCAAGGUGAACUCAUUUAGGAUAUGAAAUCAAUAGACAGAACUAAAUUGUAUUUCUGUAUAUCUGCAGUGAAUAAUACUGAAUGAAGUUAAGAAAAUUCUGCUUACAGUGGCACUAAAAGUAAUAAAAUACUUUGGAAUAAGUUUAACAAAAGAAGUACAAAAUGUAUGUAUUGUUGAAUGAAAAAUUUAUAAAAAAUAAAUGGAAAGAUAUCCCAUGUUCAUGGAUCUGAAGACUUGAUAUUAAGAUGGAAACUAAUUUAUAGAUUCAAGAGAAUCUCCCCAUCAAUUCCAGUCGAUUUCUUUGCAGAAACUGACAAGCUGAUUCUAAAAUUUACAUGGAAAUUUACAGGCCACAGAAUAGGCAAAGCAAUCUUAAAAAAGAAAGGGAGACUCGCCCUUAAUUCUGACUUCAAAACUUAUUACAAAGUUACAGUAAUGAAGAAUGUGUUUUCAUGGCGUAAAGGCGGACAUAUAUAUAUAGAUCAGUGCGAUAGAAUUGAAGGUCCAUAAAUACCCUCACAUUUAUGUUCGAUUGAUUUUCAACCAGAGUGCCAAGACAACUUAUGAGGAAAUACUAGUCUUCCAGCAAAUGCUACUGGCACAACCUAGUAUCCACAUACAAAAGAAUGAAGUUUAAUCCCUACCUCAUGAAAUAUACAAAAAUAACUCAAAUGGAUGAAAGACCUAAGUAUGAGAGCUCAAGCUAUAAACUCUUAGGUGAAAACAUAGACAUAAAUCUUUGUGACUUUGGAUUAGGAAAUGGUUUCUUUGAUAUGGCACCAUAAGCAUAGACAAGAAAAAAAUGACUUCUUAAAAACAAGACUUUCUGUUUCAGAGGACAUCAUCAAGAAAAUGAAGAGAUAACCCACAAAAUAGGAGGAAAUGUUUGCAAAUCAUAAAGAAUUCUUAAACCUCAAUAAUAAGACAACUCAUAAGUUGGUAAAAUACCUGAAUAGACAUUUCUCCAAAGAAAAAGUACAAAUGGCCAAUAAACCAAUGAAAAAAUUCUUGUUAAUUAUCGGAAAAUUGCAAACCAAAAUCACAAUGAGAUACAUUUCAUACUUAAUAGGAUGGCUAGAAUCAAAAAGACAUAAUAAGUGUUGGCGAGGAUGUGGAAGAAUUGGAAUCCUUGUAACCUGAUGGUAGGAAUAUAAAAAGGGGGAACCACUUUGGAAAAAGUCCAGUGGAUCCUCAAGUGGUUAAACACAGUUACUGCUUGAUGCAUCAGAUCCACUCCCAGGUGUGCACCCAAGAGAAGUGAAGACGUACAUCUACACAAAAACUUGCACACAGAUGUCCACAGCAGCAUUAUUCUGAUAGCCAAAAGGGAAAACACCCUAAUGCCCAUCAACUUAUGAGUGAAUAAAAUGUGCUUUCUCCAUGCAAUUGGCAAUAAAGAGAAAUGAAGUACUGAUAAAUAUUACAGUAUGCUAAGUGAAAGGCCAGUCACAAAAGACCACAUGUAUGAUGCAGUUUAUGUGAAAUGUUCCAAAUAAGCAAAUCCAUAAUCUGUAGAAACAGAAAGUAGACCCAUGGUUGUCAAGGUCUGGCAGGUAGGGUGGGAAAAUGAAGUAGGGAGAAGGGAAAUGACUACCAAUGGGGUGGAUUUUGAGAGGAGUAGGCAGAUGAUAAAAAUAUUCUAAAGUUGAUUGUGGGAAUGGUUGCCAAAAUAAAUAUACCAAAACCUCUGAAUUGUACAAUUUGAAUACAUAAAUUCUAUGCUAUGUGAAUUAUAAUAAAGCUGGUUUAAAAACAAAA